AGUCGUGUUCAACUUUCUUCUCAAUUCUCAAUCUCAUCAUCCCAAUUCUUAUCAUUCCAAUUAUCAAAAAAUUAAAUUAAAUCUUGUUCAUGGUCCUCCAUUUUCGAUUCUCGACCGUCUUUCAUUAAUUGCUCUUUAAUUUUUCUAGGGUUUAUCUCUUCCUGUUUCUCUUCUCUUCUCCUCUCCCUAUGCUCUUUUUUAUUUCAAAUUUUCAAAUUCCUUCCUCCCUGAUUACGAGACAGUGAAUCACUAUUGAUAAACACAUUCUAAUAAAUCAAGGCGCAAAAGGGAUUCCAACAGAAGUGAAAUUUGCUACUAAGCUAUAUGGCUAACAAGAUGGCUACCGCAAGUCCAUAUUUUGAUGACAUGAGGGGGAAGCCUGAAGUUAUUGACCCUCCUUCUAGUGAUGAUAUGGUUGAUGUCGUUGAACAUGUAAUGGAUCCGUCACAAAGUGCUACCAAACCAAACCUGACUGUAUCUAGCAGUGUUAAUGAGCUCCUGGAGUGCCCAGUUUGCCUGACUGCUAUGUACCCUCCUAUCCACCAGUGUUCAAAUGGCCACACAAUAUGCUCAAAUUGCAAGCCCAGGGUGCACAACCGAUGCCCAACUUGCCGGCAUGAACUUGGUAAUAUUAGAUGCCUUGCUUUGGAGAAGGUGGCUGCAUCCCUUGAACUUCCCUGUAAAUAUCAGAGUUUUGGAUGCAUUGGCAUUUAUCCUUACUAUAGCAAGCUAAAGCAUGAAUCACAAUGUUCAUUUAGACCCUAUACAUGCCCUUAUGCUGGAUCAGAGUGCACUGUCAUUGGUGAUAUCCCAUACCUGGUUGCCCAUCUUAAGGAUGAUCAUAAAGUCGACAUGCACAACGGAAGUACAUUUAACCAUCGUUAUGUGAAGUCAAAUCCGCAUGAGGUUGAAAAUGCCACUUGGAUGCUUACGGUCUUCAGUUGCUUUGGGCAAUACUUCUGCCUUCAUUUUGAAGCAUUUCAGCUUGGUAUGGCUCCUGUCUAUAUAGCGUUCUUACGAUUCAUGGGAGAUGACAAUGAUGCAAAGAAUUACACCUACAGCCUCGAGGUAGGAGGAAAUGGAAGAAAGUUAAGCUGGCAAGGGGUGCCUAGGAGCAUUAGGGAUAGCCAUCGCAAAGUCCGGGACAGCUUUGAUGGACUCAUCAUCCAACGGAGUAUGGCUCUUUUCUUUUCAGGGGGUGAUCGGAAAGAGUUGAAGCUGAGGGUAACCGGAAGAAUUUGGAAAGAACAGUAAGUGUAGUCUCCUAGGAUGUCCUUUCCUUUGUGUCAACCAGUAUCAGUUAGAAUUAGAUUAUGUCCACAUGUUGUAGACUUGUAUCUGUAGAACUCUUCUCAUCGUGUAUUUUCGAGUAUGUAAAGGGGCAAACACUCUUUGCUGAUCUAUGCAUCACUAUUAUGAUAACGUUAAAAAUUGAUAAUUUUCGGCAAAAAUGUUUAAAACACUUGAUUAUUAGGGGUGUACAUUCGGAUUUUCAGAUAAGAUCGAGUAUGAUAUAUCGGGUCGAGUUUAUUUUGAUUCUUA